ACACGUUAUAAGAGUGAUAUUUAAUGACACAAUAAAAGUGAUGGCCUGGUCUGAAGGAUGAAAACUAUCUUCUUUAACAUUGUUAUUUUAACAAUUUUAAUUAAUUAUAGCCUCAGCAUAUGAUCAUAUUUAAGUUGUUGACAUUAAAGGGGCGUGUCUGCUGGUGGUUUGGAGGCGCAUUGAUCGCCUGGUCCGCUGGCGGAGGAUGGGGAAAACGCAGCGCUGCAGAGGGAGGGACGGACGGAGGGUGAGAGAGAGACAGGGGAGGAGGAACUACUAGUGGAAAAAAAGUUAAAGUGAAAAUGGCUUCCUUGUCUUUGGAGUCUACAGAACAAUCUGAGAGCAGCCCAGAGGAGCCAUCAGCCGUCGAGUCCAAAGAAGACAAAGAAACCGCCCGAGUUUCCGAACAUUUGCUCCAAAGUUUCCAGAAGUCGGCUCUGAGUUUCUCCACUGACCAGGUUUCAUGCCUGUGCGAGGCCCUCCUGCAGGCGGGUAAUGUGGAUCGCCUGUGGAGGUUUCUCUCCACCAUACCUCCUUCUUCCGAGCUGCUACGUGGCAACGAGACUUUGCUGAAGGCCCAGGCGCUGGUGGCUUUCCACCGGGAAGAGUUCAAGGAGCUGUACGCCAUCCUGGAGAGCCAUGACUUCCACCCGUCUAACCAUGGGUUCCUGCAGGACCUGUACCUCAAAGCCCGCUACAAGGAGGCGGAGAGGUCGCGGGGCCGCAGCCUGGGCGCAGUGGACAAGUACCGACUCAGGAAGAAGUUUCCUCUGCCCAAAACCAUCUGGGACGGGGAGGAGACCGUGUACUGCUUCAAGGAAAAGUCCCGGAACGCUCUGAAGGAAUGCUACAAGAGCAACAGGUAUCCCACUCCGGACGAGAAGAAAAACCUGGCAAAAGUUACCGGACUGUCCCUCACGCAAGUCAGCAACUGGUUCAAGAACCGCAGGCAGAGGGACAGGACCCCGUCCGGGACCCACAGCAAAAGCGAGUCUGAUGGGAACCACAGCACUGAGGACGAGGCGAGUGUAAUGGACGAAGCACCAGACAAACCAGAGGAGCCCGCAGGCUCCACGGCUUCCAUCAUCUCCAUCUCUGGAGUCCCCUGCAGCACAGGGAGCCAACUCAUCCUCAACGGCUCCAGCAGCUUCCUCGCAGCUUCUCAGUCUUUGCUGUUAAACGGAAACUCCCUCAUCUCCGGUGCUGGAGCCGGCGUCAUAAUCAACGGACUAAGUCUGGGUGACUGCCAGACGGUCACGCUGAGUCCUGUUGCAACCAACUCUCCUUUAAUUCUGAACGGGGCUCAGGUCAUAACCAAACCUGGGGUCAGCACUCAGCAGCCCCAAGUGGCAGCUUCUGGAGCAGAACAUGAAUUGUCUGCUGUGGAGACCAAGGCAGUGGUUCUGCGCACCAACGGCAUGCAAACUUCAGAGCCUUCAACCAUUAUUUCUCCUCCACUUCAAACCAAAACAAAGAGCAGCAACGGCAUGGAUUUUAUCGUCAGUUGUAAAUCAGAAGGAGGCAGCCAGACCCUAUCCCCGUCCACUUCAUCUUUAUCACCCUCCCCACCAGCUCUGUCCUCUCCAACCAGUCUUCCAUCUCUAGUCUUAACACAAAACCCCCAACACCAAGAGCCCCUCUCCCUCCCAGCUUCUCUGUCAUCUGCAGGCUUAGUUAUUUCUAACUCUACCAGUCAGCAUGGGUCUUCUCCCUCCCAGUUAACACAAUCUAGCUCUACUGUUGCUUCCCUCCACCCCACCCCUCAUGUCAUCUCUUUGCCCCAAGUUGUGCCUUCCAUCCACUGUGCACCAGUCUCUCAUCUGCAGACCUCUUCAGGAGCCCAGUGCCCCCAGCUAGUCCCAGUAUCCUCACUCACCUCACCCGUUCCACAGUACCAGAGCCCUCAGACUCAAAACCCAGGUAGCAGACCGCCAGAGCAGGAGCAGCAAGAGCCCCCAACAAUUGUAUCUGAAUCUGCUCCAACUGUAGUUGCAGUGUUAGAGCUUAACAACACUAACCUCCACCAAAUAACCUCCACCCCUAGCAAAGUCCAGACUCCACAGGUUCUCUCCAUGUCUUCCCAAACACCAGUAAUCCCAGUGUCUCAAGCAAAAGGCAGCACCUCAGCACAGUUAGCCUCACUCUCGAUGCCUCAGCUGGUCCCUGCCUCCUCCAUCCAAACCUCCUCCAACUUCUCUUUACCCCAGGUGGUGCCAGCCCGGCCGGCUCUCUCCAUCCCCUCUGCUGGGAUGCCCUUGCAGAUUCUGGCUUCUGCUCCUGGGUCCGGAGGAGCUCCGCAGACCCCCCUCAGGAUUAACCAACUGAGUUCAAUUCAAAGAGUGGGGAACCCGACCAGUGUGGCCCCUGCGGUUCAGCUCCUGAACCCCGGGAUCAUCCAGCUACCUUCUUCUCCUACGGGGAAUGUCGUUCUUGGUGGAAGCCCUUACCUGAGCGUGCAGCAAGGGAAGCUUAUUCUGACCAUCCCAGCAGGGAUUCAGCUCACCAGUUUACCUCUGAAACCAGUCCCAGAUGCGUCCACCAUCUCUGCAAACGGAGUGGCUGGGCUUCUCUGCCCCUCCACCCCUCCUGUGGCCCGCCAGCCUCCAUCCACCUCAGGCUCAACUUCCAGUGGGCCGGCAGCAUCCCCCUUGAACUUUAUCAGCUCCUCUCCUCUGUUCUGCGCUCCAGACUCCACCCUCACCACCAGCCAGGCGCUUGCAACCUCCACCUCUCACACGCUAGACCAGUCCGUCACCAUGACAACACAGAGCGCGCUCACUCCGGAGAGCAUGCUCACCCUUGGCCCCAUGUACAGCGGAGUGGCGCCAAGCAUCCAGCUGUCCCAGCCGGCGUGGAGUCCUGUGUCCCUCUCCACCUCAGCCAGUCUGACUCUGUUUGACAUGCGUGGGAAGGGGGAGCUGCCUGUAGAACCCGCUUUGUUAGGCUUACCUGGAGGAGAGUCGCUCCUCCUGGGGAGCCCCUCUCCGAGGCAGGAUGAGGAGGCCAGCUGUCCCUUGGGGGACCCAGAUGACAUGGAUGGGGACCCGAAGAUUCUCACUCAGCUCCAGUCUGUCCCUGUAGAUGAAGACCUGGGUUUGUAGUCUAGUAAAACUGGGCUGGCGAUAAUGAUCUCUAAAAACAAAAUUACUCCAUGCUGUUGCGAUGUUCUGCAGUUUUCCACUUCCAGUUAGAAGCUAAGAUACACACCUCUCAUGGACAGCCAUGUCGUUUUGGUUUUAGGCAUUUAAAGAUUUAUUCAAACCAAUCUUUUUUUUAUACAAACUAUUUUAUACACAAACAACAACAGUGGGUUUUAAAAAGUACAACGCUUCAACCAUCUAGCUGCUGAAUUGAAGUGAAAUUAAAGAAUUUGGAUCUUCUUGCAAUGCUCCACUACCAGUGGCAAAAGAGCCCCAUAGCAUGAUGCUCCCACCACCAUGCUUGAUCUUUGGUACAGUGUCCCUUGGUUUAAAACUCUCACCUUGACCUCCAUACAUUCUUCUUAUUAUUAUGACAAAACAGUUCAGUCUUUGUCUCCUCUGACCAUAAAACCUUUUUCCACAAUGCAUUUGGUUUGUCCAUGUAGGUAGCUGCAAAUUAUAGUUUAGCUGGAAGGUAUUUAUUUUGGGACAGGGUACAGUUUGUGCCUUAUUAGUUCCAUUUUGAAUCUUGUUGGUUCCUGGCUUGUUCUUCAACAUCUUAACUAGUCCUAUAAUUUGAGGGCGACCACUUUUGGUUUGACUGAAAUUAGCAGUUUUAAACCUUUUUAAACCACCAUACCAACAGUAUCAUGCUGUGGGGCUGCAUUUCUCCAAGUGUGGAUGUAACAAUAAAGGAUGACUACCUUCAAGUUCUUCAAACUCACCUUAAAUUAACAGCUAGAUGAGAGAUCUUCACCCUGAAGCUCUGGAGCCACGUGGGGCUCCUUAGACUUGUUAAAGUGGCUUUUAAUAAAUUUAAAUAAACAAUGUUUUUGAAAAUAAAAAUUAGAAUAAAAGUUUAUUUUAGCAGGUAUUUUUGUGCAG